AGCUUGUGGAUGGCAUCACUGUGAACGUGCAGUCUCGUGAACUUUGACAAUGGCCAAGAACAAACUAAAAGGGCAGAAGUCCAGGAAUGUAUUUCAUAUAGCCAGCCACAAAACUUUGAAGGCUAAAAACAAGGCAAAACCAGUUACUACUAAUCUUAAGAAGAUAAACAUUAUGAAUCAUGAAAAAGUCAACAGAAUGAACAGAGCUUUUGUAAAUAUACAGAAAGAACUUGCAAACUUUUCAAAAAGCCUUUCUCUUAAGUCUGUGCAGAAAGAGCUGAAGCACCAUGAAAAAGAACCAGCUAACGUUGAUGAAGCGACACGACUAAUGGCUCAGUUGUAAUACAGUGACAGUGUAUCACAUUUCCCCAAAGACCAAUAAAUUCAAUGUUUCAUACAAAAAAAAAAAAAA